CUAAAAUUGUAAUUUAUUCAAUCUUUUUUUAGGAAAAAAUUAGUGUGGUUGAAUAAAAUGACCCAAGAAAUCAGUGGCCACAAAAUAAUUAGAAAAUGUCGAAAAUUAAUGAUUCUCCGAUAGCCUGAUCAGAGACCCCCACUAUACCACAAUCUCACCACCGUUCGAGUUUCCGGCCAUCGGUGCACCGCCGGAGCUCGAAAUCCACAACAAUGGAAGAAGAAUCACCAAGCGAAAGCUUCCACGACACCGUUGACGAAGAAACUUUCAAGAAAAACGAAGAACAAGAAGGUUCGAUUGCUACAGAGCUGAAUAAGAAGAAAAGAAAAGCUCUGUCGGAUCUCCGAUCUCGGCUGGAAGAAUCCAUCCUCGAUUUCAGCCUCAUCGGAGAACAAUACAAAGCGUGCGAGAAUCUUAAAGACGUCGAACUUUGGGGCGUCCCUUUGUUACCCAGUCGAGGUAGUGAUAAAACCGAUAUCGUUCUCAAGAAAUUCUUGAAAGCUAAAGAUUAUAACGUCCAAAAUGCUUUGGAAAUGUUGGGAAAUACGAUUAUGUGGAGGGAGGAUUUUAAUGUGGACAAAGUGUUCGACGAAAUGUUUGGGUCAGAUCUUGAUGAUAUUGGGUACAUUGAGGGUACGGAUAAAGUCGGACACCCGUUGUGUUAUCAAAUGUACGAGUCAAUUAAGGAACGGGAUAUUCUAAGGCGAUUACGGUCGAAUGAUUUCUUACGGUGGCGGAUCAAGUUAAUGGAGGGUUGUGUUCGUAAACUCGACUUCAAACCCGACGGUGCGGAUUCCGUAAUUCAGAUAAUCGAUGUUAAGGACAUAUCGAGACCGUUUUUGAACGAGAUAUUUCAGGGUAGCAAGAAGUAUUUCUCGAUCUUGCAGGACAAUUAUCCGGGGAUCAUUUAUAGAUUUGUGAUUGUGAACGUUCCGAUGUGGUUUUUCGCGUUCUAUACAUUAAAUAUGCGAGUGAUGACGAGAAAGUACAAAGUAAUGUACGUGAAGCCAUCGGCGAUCACCGAAACCCUUCUCAAAUUCAUAGAUCCAGAACACCUCUUGGCUCAAUACGGCGGCCUCGGAAUGAAAGAUGGUGAGUUCUCGCUGAACGACCAAGUGUUAGAAGAGAAGCUUAAAGGGUAUGCAACCGAGCACCUCACGAUAGUCACACCAGAGGUAGGGAUGACAGUGUAUUGGGAUGUAACAGUAACAGGAAGUGAUGUGAGUUAUAAAGAAGAAUUUGUACCAGAUGAUGAGGGUUCAUAUAAUGUGUUAGUUCAGAAAGGAAAGCAGAUUGGGAGGCUGAAUUCUAAUUCAUUUCAUGUAGCUGAGCCUGGAAAGAUUCUUAUUACUUUUGUUAAUUAUACUUCUAAAAAUAGAAGGAUUUUCUAUAGGUAUAAAAUUAAACCCACUCUUCCCAUCCUACCCUUUUCCAGAUGAUAAUAAAACUACAUUCUCUCUUUAUUAUGCUUUGCU